AUCAUUUCCGGUGAGAUGGCGGCGACUGUGGAGGCAUCACAUGUGAGCGUAGAGGAACACGGAGAUUCAGGAGAAGAAGAAGAAUCCGCUGGUGACAGUGGUCCAGAUGCAGAGUCUGACGGAGAGAGCCAAGAUGGAGGGAGUGAAGGAGAACAGGAGGAGGAUGAAGGAAGUGAAGGAGAAGAGGAGGAUGAUGGUGGAACUGAUGGGGAACAGGAGGAAGAUGGAGGCACUGAAGGAGAAAAGAAGAAAGGGGGAGAGAAUCCAAAUGCAGGGUGGGCUGAAGCCAUGGCUAAAAUCCUGCAGAAGAAAACUCCAGAUAACAAAGCCAGCAUCCUGCUGAAGAACAGACAGCUGGAGAAAGAGAAGGAGAAAAUGAAAAAGGAGCAACAGGAAAAAAAGAAACAGAUGGAUAAGAAGCGGGCUUGGGAGAUGAUGUGUCGGGAGAAGCCAGAUGUGGUGAAAGACAGAGAGACUGAAAGAAGCCUGCAGAGGAUUGCUACCAGAGGUGUGGUGCAGCUCUUCAAUGCCGUGCGAAAGCACCAGAAGAAUAUGGACGAGAAGGUGAAGGAGGUCGGGGGUUCGGAGAGGAAGCGAGCCAAGCUCCUGUCCUCUGUGUCCAAGAAUGACUUCAUCAACGUGCUGCGAGGGACAGAGGGCACCGCAGAACAAGGGUCCACAGCCGCCAAAAAAACGGUCGACAAGGGCUCGGAGGGGACGCCUGCAUGGAGCGUUCUGAAGGAGGACUUCAUGAUGGGGGCCUCGAUGAAGGACUGGGACAAGGAGAGCGAGGAGGAGGCAGGAGAGGAGCGAGGAGGGGCAGGGGACUACAGCAGCGAUUCGGACUGAAAUGUCACACGCGUGUGUGUGAGGGAGUGUGUUUAUGUGAGAGUGACUGUCUUUCUGGGAAUUA